UUUCAUUUUUCCGUUUCAGCGGAAACAGAAAGAGGUGACGUCACUGCCCAGAAUAUUCGGGACUUUCCGAGCGGCUCCUCGAUCGGUUCUACCAGAAAACAACUCAAGAGGGACUUUCCUUAUCCUCUAAAAGAUUAAAAAGAUAUUUCAUUUAGAUUUUUAGUGUUUUAUUAUGGAAGCUUAGACACCCCAAAAAGGGAUGCCCCUGAGGGGGGCAGGGGUUUGAGAGAACAUAUUCCCAGGUCUAUAUGUGUGCAUGCUUGAGUUUUUUUAUUUUUUAUGUUUAUCCUUAAACUAACAUGUAAGUUUCGUGGGUUAAUUAUGUCGGUCCUAGAGGUGGAAAACAAUAAGGUGUAUAUUGGUCCUGGUUGAUCUGACCCAGGAUCAGUCUCAUAAUGAUGAAAUUAGGGGUGGGUUAGAGUCGUCCUUUUUACUAUGCAGUUUUUUGGGUUUUUCUAGUUGCACUUUUCUGGCGGGGGAAUUCUGAAGUUUGACAUUUGAGCUUCUUGUUAGGUUCAGGUAGAAAUAAGCAAGGUAUUAAAGGAAUAUGCUGUCCAAGAGCUCUUGAGUUUUAUGCAAGUCCUGCUUUACUUUUCACUCUUAAGUAAAAGUCCCGUCUUCCUUAGAUUUAUUCAGCUAUAUUGGUGUUCUCUGUUUUUGUGUGGAUGUGACAGUUGAUGGUGGGUGUGUUUGAAUGAUUGAAAGACCAUGGGUUAUUUUUCCAAACCCCUCUCCCUCUAAGGGGCAUCUCUUUUUUUUACCUACUAUCGCUAUAAAAAAAUCAAAAAAUGGAAACUCUUGUUCAGCUGAAAAACAACCCGUUUUUGAUGGGAUUGUGUCGUAAUGGGCCACCGCCUGACCUACAAUAUGACAACUCUUCAGAGCUCUAUCGCAUUUCCACUUUUGCGCGUUUCCCAGCAUCCCCUGUCACAGAGCGAAGCUUGGCGAGGGCAGGUUGGUUCUACACUGGCGUGGGCGACAGGGUGCAGUGUUUCAGGUGUAAUGUGACAGCCGAGGGCUGGCAGGCCGGGGACUGUCCGACAGAGAAACACAGACAGCUCUCGCCUUCCUGCUCCUUCAUUCAGAGCGUCCCAUCUACCACCAACCUUCUCUCUUCCUCCCACUCUGCUUUCUCCCCACUUCGGAUUGCCCCAGCUCUACCACUUCCUGGUCCAGGCCCUGCUGCUCCUAACCCAUCAGUGAGCCAAUGUGAGGAAGCAGUCGGUUUCUUAAAUACAGCCUUCUCUGCUCUGCCGCCCUCCAGUCCCCUGAGCUCCCGGGGUGUGGAGGACAUGUCCCACCAGAGACCAACGUGCCACAACCCAAGCAUGCGCAGAGAGCAGGACCGCCUGGAGUCCUUUCACUCCUGGACACUCUCCAUCAUCACCCCCACAGAGCUCGCCAGGGCAGGCUUCUACUACCUGGGACAAGGUGAUAGAGUGGCCUGCUUUAGCUGCGGUGGACAGGUGGGCAUCUAUGAGGAGCUACGGACCUCAUUAAUGCUGAACAACUGGGAACCAGGGGACCGGGCCGUAUCCGAGCACCAGAGGCAUUAUCCAAACUGUCGUUUUGUCCGGGGGGACAGAGCCGAUAAUGUGUCGCUGGCUGGCGCCGCAGCAACCGUAUCUUUAGCAACAACAUCUCAGGUGCCAGCCGGAGCGCCAGGUCUCACCAGUGUGUCCAACCCUUCCAUGCAACAGAGUGAUGAGAGACUUCUCACCUUUGUCAACUGGCCGUCUCGUAUUCCAGUCCGGCCUGAACAGCUGGCCAAGGCUGGAUUCUACUAUGUAGGGAGAAACGAUGACGUCAAGUGUUUCUGUUGUGAUGGAGGCCUGCGAUGCUGGGAAUCUGGGGAUGAUCCAUGGGUAGAACAUGCUAAAUGGUUUCCGCGGUGUGAAUAUCUGCUUCAGGAGAAAGGACAAGACUUUGUUCACCAGAUACAAGCUCGAUUCCCUCGCCUGUUUGAGCAGCUUUUAACAACAGGAGAUAGCACCUCCAGAGAGUUUGUGGAUCCACCUGUGGUACAUCUGGGUCUGGGAGAGGAGAGGUCCGAAGAUGCCAUCAUGAUGAACACCCCUGUGAUCAAAUCUGCUUUAGAGAUGGGCUUUGAUCGCAGUCUUGUCAAGCAAACGGUGCAGAGCAAGAUCCUGACGAGCGGAGAGAACUACAGGACAGUCCAGGAGCUGGUUUUAGAUCUUCUCAGUGCUGAAGACCAGAAGAGGGAGGAGGAGCGAGAGAUGCUGGCAGAAGCGAUGGCAUCAGAUGGUUUCACGUUUGUGAAGAGGCACCAGGCAGCAUUGUCCCAGCGCCUGAAGAGUGUUGAACCAGUGUUGGAGCACUUAAGAGAGCAAAAUGUCUUAUCGGCUGAGGAGUACAGCGGCCUCAUGGCCCAGACCUCCGCCCAGCAGCAAACCGCCAGGCUGAUAGAGCUCGUCCUCACUAAAGGAAACGCCGCCGCCGAGGUCUUCCGCAACUGGAUCCAGAAAAAUGACGUCCACCUGCUCAGAGACCUCAUGGCUCAGUCGAAUGAAGCUUCUUCACCAAGCCAAGAUCUUUCAGACCUACCAAUGGAAGAACAGCUGCGGCGCCUGCAGGAGGAGCGUACCUGCAAGGUUUGUAUGGACAAAGAAGUCAACAUUGUCUUCAUCCCAUGUGGACACCUCGUGGUGUGUAAGGAGUGCGCCCCAUCGCUGCGGAAGUGCCCGAUCUGCAGAGGCCUUGUUAAAGGCACAGUUCGAACCUUUCUAUCCUAACGUGAAGCAGUAGACAGUAGUGCCAUAACAUGAUUUUAUGACAUUGUUUCUACAACUACUUUUAACCAUUUGUGGCUAUUUGACUUUUAGCUAGCUUGAGACCAGCUCAAAAGUUUUGAAUUCAUCUCAAGAUGUGAAGUACUCCACAGUUCAGUUAUCAAGUUUUUUUUUCUUGUAUUAAAACGUGCAAUUUUUAAUCCAUGACCCAGUGCAAUAAUCACCUUGACAAAGGUACAAUUAAAAUCUCAUUUGCAGUUGCUUUCAGAAUCCACUGUAUCAUUAUGACUUGCUGACAAUGCCUUUGUUAUACAUAUUAAAUCAAUAACAUUGCUCAA